AUGUUGGAAAGAGAAAAGAGGCCUUUGGCCGGGUUUCCUCACGAGGGAGAAAACCCAGUCAGUCUCCUGGUGGGUCGCUGCGGGGGCGCCGCCAUGUUGGGGUUUCCGCGGCAUCGCCGCCCAGGUGUGGCGGUGUGGCUCCGGCAUAGCCGGAGCUACAACACGGGCCCUCAGCCCGUAACAGUACGCACCAAUUUUCAUGUCCUGGAGCAACCGAGGGGGGGUCAAUCAGGGGCUGCUCGAUAAGAAUAAGGUUACUGUUUAAGCGAGGACUAGUAGGAAAGGAGAAAGAGAAGAGUAAAAAAGGAAAGAAAGAAAAAAGGAACAAAAAUAUCAGCCGUACAACUUUGUCACCCAGGAAACCCAAGUUCCAAAACACCACUGACAAACAGCGGCAAAAGCACACAAAACAAGCUGCAUCGGGGAAAAAAGAAAGAAUGGAGCAAAGAAGAAACUGGUAAAAACCAAUGGGCCAUCGUUUUGCUUCAGCCUUGGCUCUCCAACCGAGAUUCUUCCAUCCUUGCCCAUGCCCGUGUGCGGCUCCUUCGAUCCAGGGCCCAUGUCCGGAUGGGCUCGAGGCGAUCCAGAGCUGUCUUUCGCCUUUACGAUAUUCUUCCUUUUUUUUUCUCUCUUUCUUUCGGCUCCCUUAAUCUUAUUCCCGGACUCGAUCCUUCUCCCCCACACCCCUGCCCUCCUCCUAUCGUAGAUCUUACCACGCCGGCACCCAAGUCGUAGCCUCUUCAGACCAAACUCAAUGCGCGAUCAGCGUCCUUCCCGACUGGGUCCCCCCCUUGGCUCGCCCAUCAUGCUGGCGCGCGCUGCUACCCAAGCAUUGACCCAUCUCCACCCCG